AUGAAGAUGUUGGUUUUGAGAGCCUGCGGCUGGCAGAGUCUUUCUGGGUGUUCGCGGGCCGCUGGCUGGCUCUUCCUCCUGCUCCUGGCGCUGGAGCACCUCUGCGUGGCUCUCGCCUUCUCCACUUGCAAAACUCUGGACAUGGAUAUGAUGAAGCGCAAGCGGAUCGAGGCCAUCCGGGGCCAGAUCCUCAGCAAGCUCAAGCUGACCAGCCCGCCCGAGGUGGAAGACCCCGACUCGCGGGUGCUGCCCGAAGACAUUGUGGCUCUGUACAACAGCACCCUGGAAGUCAUCCGGGAAAUGACGGCGGAAGACCCCAAGGAGACCCCCCAGGAAGAGUACUACGCCAAGGAGGUGCACAGGUUCAACAUGCUUCCCCCGAACCACGGUGAGACCAUGGGAGAGAAAGGGGGUUUUUGUAUCUAGGAGGGCAGGCCAUGAGGUCUACUGGUUAGAGCAGGCCGAGGAACCCCCCCCCCCCCCGACCCUGCUCCUAUUCCUUUAGGAACAGGGUGACAUACAGAAAUUCAGUGGGGGGAAAUCUCCCCCCACUCAAAGGGAAAGUCCUCAGCCCUUUGAUUUCUCAGCUGUUAGGCAGAGGCGCAGGGCCAAUUUAGGAAGCUGGCAACCGACUCAAAGGUUAGGCCGGGGUAAGGUGCGACCCGCUGGCAAACUCGGGGCACCUGCCAGGUAUUUCAUUGCCUGAGACUUCAAAAAUAGUGGGGGGGGGGUCGCUGAGCACCUUGCAAGCUGCUAUAAAGGGCUGAGAGGCACUGAUGGAUGGCCUUGGGGCAGUGGCUUGCCCCAGGCCACCCACUGCUGUUUCCCAGGCCUCCUAAUAUUGAUUUAUAGUAAAAAGGUUAAUUUAAAGAACGAGAGAGAGAGAAGGAAAUGUUUGUUACUUUGCACUUAGGUUUAGCGAUGCAUUGGAGCAGGAUUCGCACCCAGAGUUUAAGCAAGACCCGUUUUUUUUUUAAAGCGUUCCAUGUGUAAAAUGGCAAUAAAUAUCUCCAGAGAAUAUGAGAUGAAGAAGGGGUUUGGGAAGAGGGGUGAGAGGUUCGCGCAUUCCUAAGAUGUUGAUAGAAACUGGAAAAGGAUAAGCAGCGCCUCUAAUGGGAUAAUUUUACCCUUGACCCUAAAACCUGGAAGCUUAUUUAAUUCUGCAGGACUUCCCACCAAUGCCUUAUGGCAAAGGGAUUUCCCCUAAGGUGGCCACCUUUUUAUUCCAGCCCUGCUCCUGUGCAGCAUCCCGGCAGGUGGAAAUUCAAAAGGUGAAGCUUUUCCUGAAAAACAGUGGGAAGUGUUUUGCCUCUUAAAAGUUCUGCAGGCCAGGCUCUUAAAGGCACAGAGCUGGGCGCAAACCUAAUGUGACAAAGGGUGCAAGGAAAUUGCACAAAGGAAAUAAAACCAAGAGCAGAGAAGCUGUUACUAGUUCUGGACAUGGCAGGAGAUACUCACCCAGCUGCCUGGUCCCAGGGAGGCAGCGGCAGCAGCCGCUGGAAGUUGGCAUGCGUUGAUCUGAUCAUUGCAACCACCACAUGCCAAGGUAUCCAUGGUGAGGACCGGCCCUUGAUACGGGGUUGGCAUUUAAAAAAAAAAAUAUUAUUAUUUCAGGAAACUGGGGCGGGCAGAACUCGGUCAGUCAGUCUGGGGCAGUGGGACCAGGCAGGAUCCAGAAUUUGCUGCCUUUUGAGCUGACAGUACUGGCUGCUAGCCAGAGCACAGUUUCAUCAGGGACAGAAGAGGGGCACCUAGUUCAGUGGGGAAAAGGCAGAGAACCCCCCCCCUCCACUGGACCCCAGGAAACCAGACUGGGAACUGACCUCUAACUGAGACCCGGAACUGCAGCUCCUACAGUCUGCAGCCAGACAGCACUGGGGUUGGACAGACCCACUCUAUAAACUUAUUCUUAAGCAGCCUAGGUUUACAUCCAUGCUUUUAAUUCCAGAAGUUUGGGGUGGAGGGUAGGGAGGGGACGGGAAAGCUGCCGGCAUUUGGCCACACGAGAAGUGGACUCUGUACAUACUCGAAAGUUAUAAAUAAGACAUUCUCCCAGAUGGGAACUUUGGUGUUAAAAAAAGAGAGGACUCAAUUAGGGUUUUUUAGGAGCAGGUUUAAGGCAGGUGAGUAGUGUCGUGAUUAGAACCGGUAUGGUCUUAAUGCGGAUUAAGGUUGUAUCGUUUCUGCCUCUUAGCUGCUGUUGUUGGUUCCACAGAGAGAGAGAGAGAGAGAGAGAGAGAGAGAGACAGAGAGAGAGCCAUUGCCUCUAGUUUCCACUUCCUUUCUCUUUGCACGAGGAUCCGGGCUGUCAUGUUAUAGCUGUGUCGGCAGGCGCUCUGUGAAGCCAGGCACCCGUGAGAAGUCCUCUGAGGAUGGGAGGAAAUUGUAUGUGUGUGUGCAAAAAUCAGCUUUCCCCCUGGGGCGGGUGGGGAUGGAGUUGGCGGGGAGGGGGCAGUGAAAAAGGAGUUUGGUCGAUCGGAUCUUGCGAUUUCCGGCAAAAACGGCCCAGCAACCCCCCCCCCCCCCCGGUUUCAGAGUUGCCUUCGCCACUUCUCCCUGAAGGCCCCUUGCUGGUCAACGUGUUGCAAUGCUACCGCACAGCUGCGGACAGGUCAAAGUUUGCAAAUUCCGUUUCGAAAAUUCAAGCAGGGGUCCUUUGCUUUCACCUCGGGAUUGGCUGCUACUCCCCCCCCCCCCGCCCCCGCUCCUGGGACUUCCACAGCAAGCUUGACUCCAGACACACACAAACAUACAGCAGGAAGCAGUUUUCUCGCAUCACUGCCUCUACGCCAGAAAAGGUUUCGCCUGGUCAACUCAUGGAAUCGUAGAAUCUUAAGAGUUCGAAGGGACCCGAGGGUCAUCUAGUCUGACCCCCUGCAAUGCGGGAAUCUCAGCUAAAGCAUGAUAGAUGGCCACCCAACCUCUGUUUAAAAAUAUCUCCAAGGAAGGUGAGUCCACCGCCUCUCGUGGGAGUCUGUUCCCCUGCCGAACAGCUCUUACUGUCAGAAAGUAUUUUUCUGAAUGUUUAGUUGGAAUCUCCUUUCUUGUAGCUUGAAGCCACUGGUUCGAGUCCUACCCUCCAGAGCAGGAGAAAACAAGCAUGCUCCAUCUUCUAUGUGGCAGCCCUUAAGAUAUUUGACGAUGGCUAUCAUAUCUCCUCUCAGUCUCCUCUUUUCCAGGCUAAACAUACCCAGCUCCUUCAACCAUUCCUCAUAAGGCCUGGUUUCCAGACCUUUGAUCAUCUUGGUUGCCCUCCUCUGCCCACUUUCCAGCUUGUCAACAUCCCUCUUAAAGUGUGGUGCCCAGAAUUGGAUACAGUACUCCCAAGUGUAAUAGUAAUAGUAAUUUAUUAUUUGUACCCUGCCCAUCUGGCUGGGUUUCCCCAGCCACUCUGGGCAACUUCCAACAAAGAUUAAAAAUACAUUAAAAUGUCACACAUUAAAAACUUCCCUGAACAGGGCUGCCUUCAGAUGUCUUCUAAAUGUCAGGUAGUUGUUUAUUUCCUUAACAUCUGGUGGGAGGGCGUUCCACAGGGCGGGCGCCACUACCAAGAAGGCCCUCUGCCUGGUUCCCUGUAGCUUAGCUUCUCGCAGGGAGGGAACCACCAGAAGGCCUUCAGCACUGGAUCUCAGUGUCCAGGCUGAACGAUGGGGGUGGAGACGCUUCUUCAGGUAUACUGUACUGAGGCCGUUUAGGGCUUUAAAGGUCAGCACCAACACCUUGAAUUGUGCUCGGAAACGUACUGGGAGCCAAUGUAGGUCUUUCAGGACCAGUGUUAUAUGGUCUCGGCGGCCGCCCCCAGUCACCAGUCUAGCUGCCGCAUUCUGGAUUAGUUGUAGUUUCCGGGUCACCUUCAAAGGUAGCCCCACGUAGAGCGCAUUGCAGUAGUCCAGGCGGGAGAUAACAAGAGCAUGCACCACUCUGGCGAGACAGUCCGCGGGCAGGUAGGGUCUCAUCCUGUGGUCUGACCAAGGCAGAACAGAGUGAUAUUAUUACUCUUCCUUCUCCAGGGAAGGAGAAACCACCUUUUGAGGGAGUCCUUUUCGCUGUCAAACAGCUCUUAGCAUCCAACAGCUGUUGUUAAGGGCGCAGAGGCAGGACCAGCAGGAAAAAGUUGGCCACCUGGGCAUUUGCACCCAGGAAGCCCUAACUCUUAGCUAUACUGGGCUUUCUGCAAUCCUUGCUGGGAAGAGCAGAACUCUUGUUUCUUUCCUUCCCACCUUUUACAGAAGUUUGCUCCUCGUGUGGAAAAAACGAGCCACCUGAAUGCACCAACAGAUGCCUGGAGCUGGGUGGGGUCUUUUUUUUGGGGGGGGGGGGAGACAGGAGACAAAAGAUAUAUGCUUUAAAAGAAAAGAAAAAAAUGUAGGGAGAUGCGCAGGCCCAGGAGGGGUGGUGGUGUUGGCAGCAGGUCUGAAGAGGCCCGAAUCUGCAAAGAUCGGAUCUUUCCCUUGGAUCAGAGGAUCCCGCAUCCACCCAGGGAGCAGCCGUCUCAAGCUUGUUUGGGGUGUAAUUACGUGCCUGGGAGUGGCUGGCACGCUGCCGAAACGGAACUCGGGCCCGCAGGCAGAGGCGGGAACUUGUACGUUUUGUGUAGUCUCUGGGAGAUAAGAUGGCAGCCCGGGAUAGUGCCAGAACGUGCCAGUCGUUCUUGGCAAGGAGGCGUUUGGGACCUCCUUGCCUGGCCAACGCAAAAUCCCCUUUUCUCGGAACGCGUUAGGCCAGGGUAAUUGCUGCCUCUUCCCCAGCACGCCUGCUCAGGUCGGGCCGCUGUUGAAAGCACAAGCCAGUCGGAAAAAAAGGUUUUAACAAGUUCAUUCCAAAAUCCACCGAUGCAAAUGGUCGUGUUAUGUUGCUGGAUAAAUCCUGCCCAGCUUUCUGUCAUUUGGGUGGAAGCAAAAGCUCUGAGGCAUGAAAAUUAUGGCCUUUCCCCUUUUAUUUAUUCCUUGUACAGUGGUACCUCGGGUUACAUACGCUUCAGGUUACAUACGCUUCAGGUUACAGCCUCCGCUAACCCAGAAAUAGUGCUUCAGGUUAAGAACUUUGCUUCAGGAUGAGAACAGAAAUCAUGGUCCGGCAGCGCGGCGGCAGCAGGAGGCCCCAUUAGCUAAAGUGGUGCUUCAGGUUAAGAACAGUUUCAGGUUAAGAACGGACCUCCAGAACGAAUUAAGUACUUAACCCGAGGUACCAUUGUAUCUUAACCAGAAGUAUAUGGAGGUUCAUGCCUACCUGCUUAGCAUCUGAGGCUGUAAGAAGACUCCUGCAUGUUUUAGAUUUGCGUAGAAGCUUUUCUUGUUGUUCUGCAGUGAUGGGAGAAGCUGAACCUAUUUGGGGUUUCUUUCACAUAAAUCUUAAAGGUGAAGGAGCCUUUUCUGGAGUAAGAGUAGAAGCUCCAGUUCAGUUCAGCUUCUGCAGUGUUUUAAACCAGGGGUGGCCCUCCAGAUGUUUUGGGAAUCCAUCUCAUAGUAAACUCUGGCCAGUCAUGGUCAGGGAUGAUGGGAGUUGUAGUCUGACAAGAUCUGUAGGGUCGCAGGUUUCCUGCCCCAGCAACAGAGGCUUGGGAGAUUAUGCAUGUUGGAACUCAAGUUCACCCAGUGACUGAAUUUGCAAUAGAUCUGGGACAGUUCUGUUUAUGGAAUCCAUAAGGUGUGGUGAUGGCUGCAGGUUCGAACACUUUUAAAAGGGAAUUAGAUUUAUGGAACAUAGGUCUCUCGGUGGUUAUGAGCGCCGAUAGCUCCAUAGAACCUCCAGUUCAGAUUCAGUAUAUCUCUAAAUGCCGGGUGCCAGGGAGGACUAUGGCUUGCAUGUCCCGCAGUCUUCCGAGAAACAGCUGUCUGUCUGCUGAUGCAACCGCUGGGUGCAAGACUCAAUGAACCUUUGGUCUGAUCUGGUGUGGCAAUUCUGAACUUCUUUUGUAGUUGCUGACAAAGGACAUAUGGCAUUUGGCUGUGGCACUCGCAGGAUAGCUGGCGUUGGUUGUGAGAACUUGUGGGUUUUCCAUCUCAAGACUGAGAGUGGCAUACAGCGUCCUUGUUCCUUUGGCACGAGGAUUUACGCUGGUGCAACUGAACACAGGCACGCCCUCCCAAAACCAGCUUCAGAAGGUGGGGGGAAUCCCACGCAGAUUUAUUGGGGGGGACGACACGGGGAGGAGAGGGGAGACGGUCCCCACUGUACAAGCAGAAAGCCUUGUGCUAAGGAAACGAGUGACUUAACACUACUUUGGAUUCAACCCUCUUUUCACUGGAAAUCAGAGAAUCAUAGAGUUGGAAGAGUCUGCUACAGAGCUGCAUAGAAGUGCAUUCAUUCAUUCAUUUAUUCACAGAAGCAUAGAAUGGUAGAGUUGGAAGGGACCUCAGCGGUCAUCUAGUCCAACCCCCUGCCAUGCAGGGAUCUUUUUGCCCCACGUAGGGCUUGAACCCACGACCCUGAGAUUAAGGGUCUCGUGCUCCACUGACGGAGCUAUCCCAGAUGCGUUUUGUCUAUUUGAUAUAUUUAUUUGAAUCUAUUUCUACCCCAUCCUUCAGUAGACAGAAAGCGGGAACGAGCCCCCACUGAACUCCUGUUGCAUGUCACCCAUCAUACUAUGAGCAUGGCUUAGAAAAGUGGCCAGGAAUCUGUUGCCCUGCAACUCCCAUCGUUCUUCACCGUCAGAUAUGCUGGCUGGCACUGAUGGGGACUGGAGCUCACCAACAACUAGAGGACCACAGUAUAAAAAAAUUCCUUCCAGUAGCACCUUAGAGACCAACUCUGUUUGUUAUUGGUGUGAGCUAUUGUGUGCAUGCACACUUCUUCGGAUGCGGCAGGUUCCCCAUCCCAGUAUCAUCAUGCCCUGGAUUUUUUUUCUGCAGUGCUGAGAUCCUGACCCACCUCCCACCUGUGGACACAGGGGCCAUUCCGUGCCCUUCCUCUGCCCAUUUGGUUGGCACGUCGUGUGCUCAGAGCACCUCAUUUGGUUCAGAGGCUGCCAGCUGCCGAUUCCUAUGCUAGGGAUCCGUUUCUGGUGAAUUGCGUCCUCCCCUCUGCCCCCUCCCCCCCCCCCGAAAGAGCCUGGUGUGAUGAUAAAAUAGCACGCCUGGAAGUUUCUGCAGAGUAUCCGUCCUUCAAACAGCCCCUUGGAACAGGGGGAAUUGCUAGUUUCCGACCAGGGCAGUUGGCAAAACAAACAACGGCAGAAGGCUCUGGGGGCGGGUGGAGAGGUAGCCUGACUUCCCUGUUUCGACAGAAGUCAAGCCACCCACAUUUCCCCAGCGUGACUUAACAGUUGAUCCACGUGGAAAGUUUAAGCAGGUGGGCAGACCGGAGCCUGGCUCCCCCGGGGCCUUUCCCUACAGGAAGAAUGGCCCCCUAAGUAACCAACUUCUGCUAGCGGUCCAGCUUACUCCCUUCUGUGGUCUGCUUCUUUCCUGGUCCUGCCGCUUCCUGGUCUGCGGCAGUGGCCUGAUGCUAGAACUGUGCUUAUUUCCCCCAACCAUUCUGCAUCAGUUAACGAGGAAAGAAACGGCACUUUAAAAUUAUCAGAGGGGAGAGAAGGCUCCCAGUGAAACUCUCAGGUGUGGUGCAGGGUUCUCGAUGCAAGGACUUUUCCUUCUGAGGUGGCACAGAGGGGUUCAUGAGUGUCUUUUCAUUCUAUAAAUUGCUGGUCCCAUGGUCUGCCCCCUUCCUGGGUGCCCAUGCGUCAGUCAAAACCCAGGGGAAGACUUCAUGGAGGUCAGGAAGUGCGGGCUGCAGAAAAUGCUUGCAGGAUAGAAAAUUGCACCCACUCUUCCACUUUGCAAUGAUGAAAUAGGCUUGAAAUCCUGCACCGACCCCAAAUUCUAAAUAAGUUAUAAAGAAAGUGCCCCGAGAAUGAAAACGCCGCGAAGAAUUUGCUUCCGUGAGAUGUUACAGUGGGCAUCAACAUGGCUGGCUUUAAUAGAAGAUUAGACAGAAGCAGAAGACCAGCUGCAGGAAUUAUGCUGGUCUGUGACCGUAAUAAAGUAAAUUCAUUCAUUCAGUUGCAGGAUAGAACAAGUAGGCCCUGCUUGCAAGAUGCUGGAGCAGAUGGUCUUUGGCCUGAUCUAGAAUAGCUCUUAUUAUGUUCCUAUUGCCAGAUCCUUCUUCCGGAUACACAAGCACCGGGAGUAUCUGGAUUUAUGGAAUGCGAAACCCUUGCCUCCCUGUUUACAUGAGAAACCUAUACGCAGCCUUUUAGUACUUCGCCUCCAAAGUGGCUUAACAAACAUACCUAAGCCAGUGCAAAUGAACUGAGUUCAGCAGCACACAUUUGGAGUAGAGAUGGUUAGGAAUGCACUGCAAGAGAUCAACAGCAGUAGCCACAGAGCUAUAAACCCUACAGGCAGAGAUUAAAUAAGGAUAAAUCCAAAAGACGACAGAGGAGGCCAUUUCUGGUAGCCACCCAGUCUCUAUUGAUUAUCUUGGUGAGUUUGCUGGUUUUUAUGGGAGAAGGCUGCCUAGGAACGCCAUUCAGGGCUUCAUAGUCUUAUCCCCAUUUUACAGCUGAGGGAAACUGAGGCUGACAGACACCAUGAACCACUCACAAGGUCACAAGGACAGUAGAUAGAAACCGAUCUCAUCCUCUUAUCUCUGGAGAUGUAACACUGAAAAGUCCCAAAAUAGCUUGGGAAUUUCCUUAGCCCGAUAAGCUGGGGCUGUUCAAUGGAGACAGCCUUAUCUCUGUCUUUGCAGCUGUAAAACAUAAAUCCUCAAUUUACAAGAGACCACAGCCUCCCUCCGCAAGAGUCAUGUGGAAACGAAAAGAGUUGACUGCACCAAACUUUGAAGAAGGGAAGUGGAAGUCUGACAGUCGGGUUUCUUCUGAAUACUGCUGUUGGAGUAGCGCUGAGACUCAGGGGGUGUGCUGAGGACUUUCCACUGAGGUACCCCAAGUUAGACUCAAAGGGUCUUGGGUCACCUUAAAGACUAUCAUACAAUGUACUGUGGCACGAGGUUUUGUGGACUCAAGCCCACUUCCUCAGGUGCGUGAAAUGAAAUCUUAGCUGGCAGGUGCAGAAAAGAGAAAACUUUGAGGAGGUGGGGAGCGAAAUGGCAGGGAGAUGCAAAAAUUAUGGCCGACGAUAGCCAGGUUUGAUUCCUCGUUCUUGGAGAUGAGUCAAGUUUAGGGUGUGUAUACGUCUUUCGAAAGAACUAGGACCAGGUUUUUAUUCUUAAUAGCAUCAUCAGCUGCCUCCUUUCUCUUUGCCACCCUAAAACUCUUGGACCUUUCAGGGCGCCUUGAUUUGCAGACCAUAGCAGGAAGUACUAUUUUAUCUCCACACAAGUGAAAAGAUUCGGCUGUCGAUUUCUACAGAUUGCUACUGGUCUGCCACUAAGCUUUUCCACCCCCCUAGUCGGUUGACAACCCAGCAAUGAUGGCUAGUGAUAGAGAAUCGCAAGUUCUUCACUGUAUGUUUAAUGUUUUGUGAUCUGCUAUGAGUGCUUAUUUGAUCAGGAGGUGGGAUAGAAACAGAGAAGACUACUUUCUUCUUUGGAAGCUUAGGCCCCUCCUCCUUUGCCUUUGUUGCUGAUAAAUUUUAAAUAAUAACAUUUAAUUCUUACCCUUUCAAAUGGGAAACAGCAAAUGAGUAGCAGCAUAUACACCAUACCUUUAAAUCACAUUCAAAGCAUAUACCUCCCCCCCAAAUAAUCCUGGGAAUUAUAGUUUGCUAAGGGUGCUUGGAAUUGGAACCCUGUGCAAAGGUAAACUACAGUUCCCAUGAUUUUUAUUUUUAUUUUGCAGGGGGAGGAAUGGUCUUUGAAUGUGCUUUAAAAAGAUGCUGCGUACACAGCCGUACCAGCAGAUCUUUAGAAAUUAAAGAAAGCAUCAUCCUAACAUGCAGACAGGAAUUAAGCAAGCGAAACUUUCCCUCCCUACUUGCAUUUCCAGGCCAGGAAAAUCUUAACAUUUCUGUUUGCUAAAUUAACUAAAUUUCUGCUUGCCAGCCUGCUGUUAAUGGCGCAAGAAAGAGAUGCGGGCCGUAGAACCAGGAGAAACCGUGAGACAGGGCGCCUGGGAAAAGUUUCCCCAAAACAAGAAUUUCUGCUUGCCAUGCAGCUAUCAAACGUCUCUCUCCUUCCCCCGACUCUUGCUCUGAACUCCACGUUCGCUUAAAUGCACAAUGGGCAUACCCUGGGCAUUCUCCUUUGCCAAGCACUGCAUGCUCUCUCUCUAUUUUUUUAAGGGGGUGGAAUGAUGAAGAAGAAAGGGAGCGUUCCCCUUAAACAUCACGGUCUUUGUCCUGGAGAAGGGAACAUGCAGGGCAGCUGAUUUGACCAUGUAUGUGGGACGAGAUGGGAUGAGGAGCUGGAGUCAAAGCUUCUUUGAUCCUGCGAGGAAGAGAAGCUUAAAAAUAGACUCUUCCUGUACCAUAAAUAGAUGCUGUGUCAGUGUCAGACGGCUGCAAAUAUGGGGCUUCGUUUUGGGGUGUGUCUGUGGCCUGUGGCCGUUCGCUUUCAGAGAGAGAGAGAGAGAGAAAGCCUGCAGAGGGCUGGAGCUGAACCAGAGAGCCCUGGUUCUCGGAUGGAAACUCGCUAGAUGGCCAAAGCAUCCUUUUCUCUCUCUUAACCGACCUUACUAGGAAAGCCGCGGCCAGGUUAUGGGAAGAAAGUUAGGAAGCCCCUAAGGAAAUUAAAAGCAACACUUUACAUCCCAUUGCUUUUAAACUCUGGAAUGGAAGUCCCAGUCAAUUUAGUGCAGAAUUUACUUCUGACUAAACACACAGAGGGAUGCGGGUGGCGCUGUGGUCUAAACCACAGAGCCUAGGGCUUGCCGAUCAGAAGGUUGGCGGUUCGAAUCCCCACAACAGGGUGAGCUCCCAUUGCUCGGUCCCUGCUCCUGCCCACCUAGCAGUUCAAAAGCACGUCAAAAUGCAAGUUGAUAAAUAGGUACCGCUCUGGUGGGAAGGUAAACGGCGUUUCCGUGCGCUGCUCUGGUUCGCCAGAAGCGGCUUAGUCUUGCUGGCCACAUGACCCGGAAGCUGUACGCCGGCUCCCUCGGCCAAUAAAGCGAGAUGAGCGCCGCAACCCCAGAGUCGGUCACGACUGGACCUAAUGGUCAGGGGUCCCUUUACCUAUUGUUUCAGAAAGUGUGGAUUAGGUAAGUUCACCUUUAAAUGCAGACUGAACAGACUUCAGAGUAAACAUGCACCAAAUCCUGCUGCUCCCCUAUUUCUGUGGGAGAAAGUUUCUUUGCGUAUAUGUUCAACUUAUAUGUCUGUGCAAUGUGUAAGGAUACAGGCACUCAUCUUGCGUUAGGGUUUAAGGACUCUGACGCAAGCCAUUUUCUUUUUCUUUUACUUUUAAUGCUUCAUUGAGAUUAAAAAGCAAACAAACAGUCAUCAAAUGAAUACAGUGGUACCUCGGGUUAAGUGCUUAUUUCGUUCUGGAGGUCCGUUCUUAACCUGAAACUGUUCUCAACCUGAAGCACCACUUUAGCUAAUGGGGCCUCCUGCUACUGCCAAGGUACUAUUUCUGGGUUAGUGGAGUUUGUAACCUGAAGCGUAUGUAACCUGAAGCGUAUGUAACCUGAGGUACAACUGUAAUACACCUUGCGAAAAAUUAACUUACUUUCUUCUUACGUAAUUUCUAUAGAGACUUCUAUAGAAGUCUUUCUAUAGAGACUAUCCGCAACGUAUUUGAUAUACCGCACUCUUCAUUUUCAAUCAUAAUGUAAAGGAACCCCUGACCGUUAGGUCCAGUCGUGACCGACUCUGGGGUUGCGGCGCUCAUCUCGCUUUACUGGCCGAGGGAGCCGGUGUACAGCUUCAGGGUCAUGUGGCCAGCAUGACUAAGCCACUUCUGGUGAACCAGAGCAGCGCACGGAAACGCCGUUCACCUUCCCGCUGGAGCGGUACCUAUUUAUCUACUUGCACUUUGACGUGCUUUCAAACUGCUAGGUUGGCAGGAGCAGGGACCGAACAAUGGGAGCUCACCCCGUCACGGGGAUCUGCAGUCCCCUACAUUUUCAAUCAUAGUAUAUCACAAUUGUCUUAUUUCCCUAAGGUUUCCUACUAUUCCGCAAACCAUUUUCAAAUGCUCCCACAUUCAACAGAAACCUACCUGCAAGUAAAGCAAAGGAAGAGGAAGCUGGAUCUAGAAACAUUCUAAUCCAGCCCUCUGGAAGUUCUCCUUUAUGAAGAGGAGCAAUUGAAACUAACAACAUUUUAAUUUAUUUAUUUUUGCUGGCUGGCAUUGACUUUUGAUGCCUCUCAUUUGGCGCGUCCUCACCCCUCGGGCUAUAGGACCUUCUGCCCUUGCCUGUUCCAAUGACAUGUAGAUAUCCUAAGUUAUCACAUGGUUGCCAACUGACCGGGGAGAGAGAAAAACCAAGAUUAGACGGCUUCUAUGCCCUUAUAAAUCACUUGAUGCAUGGAAAUCAGCAGGGACAAGCUUUUUCGCCUCAUGCAGAUAAGCAUCAGCACCUGCCGACACCUGCAAAGCAAGUGGCAAGUUAAAAAGCACAGGAGCGUGGGCUGGAUAAAAAAGUUGGCAACCUCAUCCUCCACACCCUACCACUCUUCUUUGCAGCUAUGCCAAACUCCAGCGCAGGUUCCCUGGCAGGAUUCUGUUGCCUCUGGAGGGUCAAAUUUCGGAAGUAUGUGAGAGGAGUCAAUUAAUAGCGAUGGGCAAUCCGAAACGCCAGAGGGGACUGCUUGGGUGGAUCCCAGGUUUCUCCUUCCAGAUCUCCAGGAAGACGCCACAUCCUAAUGCGUACAUCAAUAACAGAAACAAAAGCCAAACAGGAGCUCUGGAAACCUGCUUGUAAAUGCAUUUCUUAUUUAAAUCCCACACCAGCCUUUGUCAACUUCGUAAGUUUUGGACUACAAUUCUCAUUCACCCAAGCCUUAGGAGUUAUAGGCAAAAACAUCUGCAGUGGCGAAGGCUGCCCUAUGACCACUGCCUCUGUAAGGGCCUCCUCAUGCUUUGCCAUGACUCAGGAAUGGCUGACUGCAUAUUUCUGCGUCAAGUGCAACUUCAGAAACAAUUUGAGCCUGCUACGUAGAAUUAUCCUUCUCCCCAUUUCACAGAUCCUGGGACUGAGGGGGAGCAAGGUUGCUACACUGCAAGGAGACCUUGCUCCUUUAUACAUAGGAAUCUGGUCCUCUGUGUGUUUUAAACAGUAAAGGGACCCCUGACCGUUAGGUCCAGUCGUGACCGACACUGGGGUUGCAGCGCUCAUCUCGAUUUAUUGGCUGAGGGAGCCGGCGUACAGCUUCUGGGUCAUGUGGCCAGCAUGACUAAGCCGCUUCUGGUGAACCAGAGCAGCGCACAGAAACGCCGUUUACCUUCCCGCUGGAGCGGUACCUAUUUAUCUACUUGCACUUUUAUGUGCUUUCAAACUGCUAGGUUGGCAGGAGCAGGGACCGAGCAACGGGAGCUCACCCCGUCGCGGGGAUUCGAACCGCUGACCUUCUGAUUGGCAAGCCCUAGGCUCUGUGGUUUAGACCACAGCGCCACCCGUGUCCCCUUCUGAAACAAUACCUGCAUCGAAAUUCAGCUGUCCUUUGAAAUUCGCAGUGCUCUGAAUUUUGCGGUGCAGUUCUCCACCUGAGUAAUUGGAACAAAAAAUGCAUAUACAGAGGUGGAGUUUGCAUAUCAAACGCCUACGUCUGUGAAAAUUGCUUUGCAAAAAUGUGAGCGUUCGGCAAAACUGCACACAAAAGUACGUGUAUCCGGAGGGAAAUGCUGGUGAAUUUCCAUGAGGACGUACCGUAUUUAUCUUUCUAUAAGACGCCCCGUGUAUAAGACGGCUCCUAUUUUGGGGGACUCCAAAUUAAGAAAACAUCCCUCAGCACUACCCGUGUAUAAGACUAGCCCCAAUUUUAAACCUAAUUUUUUGGUUAAAAAAACCUAGUCUUAGACACGGAAAAAUACGGUAUAUAUCUAUAUAGAUAUAUGUCGCAAAUCCCUGUGGAAAUGUGGAAAACCAAAGAUUAUAAAACUGAGAGGAACCAAAACGGACAUAAUUGCGCAUCCCUACUGAGGAGUCAGUUUUGUUGUCUUCAUUGGGACUUAGUCUCUGAGCAAGUGUGCUUAUGGUGUCCGAAUCCAGCAGCCCUGUGACCCUCCAAAGCUCAGUUUUGUUUUCCAUUCCAAUUGUAAGUUCUGUUUUUCAUUUCGUUUGUAAAUUCCUAACAUUCAGCGAUUUGCAGCUCAACUCUUGCUGGGACAUUAAUCGGAUUGCCGGGGAGUUCAGACGUCGCCUGAAGCUCUUGCAAAGCUUAUAUUCUCUUGACACCUUCCAAAGGAAGAAAUACAUAAUUUGGUCGUGUUUGAAAUGGAACCAGCACAAACAAACAGAAAACAACUUAAGACUCCUCUCCUAUUCUCUUUAUGCAGAAGGCUACAUACCAAAGACACCCUACUCUGUCUUCUUUGGGUUCAACUUAUCACAAAUCCGGAAAACCCUUCAUGACUCCAGUCUGCUGUACCGUGCUGAACUGAGAAUGCGCAUCUCUGGAACGGUUCAGGAUCAGCGACUGGAGCUUUACCAGGUACGAUGGGAAAAUGCUAUCGGAGUUCAAAGAUGCCCACAAGUUGUACCCUCUCGCCUGGAAACUGUUCAGACUGUUUGGAGAUGCUUAUGGUUAUUCGUGGGUGGAAAGAGGAAAUUUCUCAGCAUAUGCUCAGAGGCAUUAUUUUAUUUGCACCCAGGGACAACAGCUGAUUUCAAAGACAGGCCCCUGGAUCAUUGCUAAUGAUCAUUCAUUCGUAUUAAACCCCAAACAAGAGCAGGGACAAUAUUGCUUGCAUUCUAUCCCUGAGAAUGAGGGUGGUGGGGUGGGAAGAAAUUGAAAUUUCUGAUUUUGAAAUCAAAACGAAGGCACAUUUAUGCAAAUUAUGUUCAUUUGCCAAAAAAAGAAAAGAAAAAGUAUGUAUUUGUUUGCCUGCAUUAGUCUGGAGUAUUUCAGCUGCAGAAAUCAAAAUAUUGUGGGGAAGAGGUAUCUGUAGCGAGGGAACUGGAAUCUAGGAAUGUUUAGGGAAGCUUUUAAUGUUUAAUAGGUUAUUGUAUUUUAAUAUUCUGUUGGAAGCCGCCCAGAGUGGCUGGGGAAACCCAGCCAGCUGGGCGGGGUAUAAAUAAAUAAAUUAUUAUUAUUAUUAUUAUUAUUAUUAUUAUUAAUCUCUCGGCAUAUGCUCAGAGGCAUUCUCAUAUUCACACCCAGGGACGAUCCCUGAUUUAGAGGACAGCUUCUGUGGAUUAUUUCUAAGGAUCCUUUAUUCAUAUUAAGUCCCAAACAGGAGCCAGGACAAGACUGUUUGCCUUCUAAUAUUGACAUAGAAUUUGGAGGGACCAAAUGCCCACUUCAUGGUUCCCCUAGCUCUUCUGCAGAUGUUGCCCCUGUUUUCCAGUUCUGCCCCAGAAACUAUAACCUUGAACUAGAAAUUAAGCGAUAGCAUUUGAAUUCAAAGUGCUUCAGCACAUCGUUCUGUCGAACAAUGAACCACCCUUGGUCUUAUGUCGGAGAUGGAGAGACUGCCUUGUUUACACUUACCCUUUCCAUCCAGGAGCAGAUCCACUCGAUCAACAGCACUUGGUACUACAUGGACGGGCGUAUGGUGAAGGUGAAGAACGAGAAGGAGUGGCUUUCGUUUGACGUCACCUCCGUCCUCCGGCAGUGGCUUGGAAGCACAGGUAAGCCAGGAAGUACCUAAAGGUGUGAGCGGGGCAGGGUCCGAGAGUUGAUGGCAGCUGGAAAGAGUAAUUCGCUUGGGGGAGAGGAAGAACAGGAUGUGUGACAAAAGAGGACAAUGGUUAACUAGAGGCUAAAAAGUGGUUUGUUGGAAGAACUGAGCCUAGCCCGCCGGAAUAACCACAGUUAGUUCUCUGCCAAGUUUGUUGUUGACUCGCAAACCAUGCCACCUUUAGCACGUCCAAACAACAGCCUUGCUGAACUAUGGUUUGUUUGGACCCUCGAUCCCAGACACCUGCCGGGUUACAAAGGCGUUGUUGUUGUUUAGUCGUUUAGCCGUGUCCGACUCUUCGUGACCCCAUGGACCAGAGCAUGCCAGGCACUUCUGUCUUCCACUGCCUCCCGCAGUUUGGUCAAACUCAUGCUGGCAGCUUCAAGAACUCUGUCCAGCCAUCUCGCCCUCUGUCGUCCCCUUCUCCUUGUGCCCUCCAUCUUUCCCACCAUCAGGGUCUUUUCCAGGGAGUCUUCUCUUCUCAUGAGGUGGCCAAAGUCUUGGAGCCUCAGCUUCAGGAUCUGUCCUUCCAGUGAGCACUCAGGGCUGAUUUCCUUCAGAAUGGAUAGGUUUGAUCUUCUUGCAGUCUAUGGGACUCUCAAGAGUCUCCUCCAGCACCAUAAUUCAAAAGCAUCAAUUCUUCGGCGAUCAGCCUUCGUUAUGGUCCAGCUCUCAUUUCCAUAUAUCACUACUGGGAAAACCAUAGCUUUAACUAUACGGACCUUUGUUGGCCAGGUGAUGUCUCUGCUUUUAAGAGCAACAGAAAAAGACGCCAAGCGUUGUAGGGCUACAAGUCCCAUCAUUCAUGACCACUGACAAUGCUAGUGUGGCUGAUGGGAGUUGUAGUCUAACGACAUCUGGAAGGCCCCACAUUGACUAUCCCUGGUAUAGCACAUGUCUGGCAGUAGCAGCCAGCUUUCACACAAACUAGCCUGUUAGAUGAUGUGUGAUUUGUCGAACAAACCACGGUUGAAGGAAACCGUGGGUUGAACGUUAUGUGCAAGCCCAUCCAUUGACAGAUAUAUCUUCUUCCAGAUUCAGGUAGGUAGCCGUGUUGGUCUGACAUAGUUGAAAUAAAUUAAAAAAUUGUCCAGUAGCACCUUAGAGACCAACUAAGUUUGUUCUGGGUAUAAGCUUUCGUGUGCAGUGUGCAUGCACACGAAAGCUUAUACCCAGAACAAACUUAGUUGCCUCUAAGUCCUAGCCGCCCCUCCAAGGCAGUGCCAACGUGCUUAUUUCUCCAGGGACUAGAAUUGUGGGGCAACCUCUCCCUGCUUUGCCUUUGUGCCGGAGGUGAGAGGGGGAGAAAAGGGGGUGGAAAAAAACAAAACAAUGCCGCAAUCCGCUGAGUCGGCACACCACGCCCUGGGCACACUGCCACAGUGUUUUGGAAGGAGCCAGAUCAAAAGUGCACAUGCGUCAGGCACACUUGCCAUGCGCCACUCCGCGGCUGCAUUCUUUGCACAGGUUGCUACUGAAAGGAGAGGAGAGGAACGCAAGGAUUGUGAUGUUGCAAGCACUAAAUUUCUUGCGUCCGGGUGGCCGUCUACCUGCAACUCACCCUCUCUGAACUCAAACCCCUUUUUGCCUUAGUAAGUUGAAGAGGUGACGACAGUCGUCAGCUGCAGGAAUGGGUAGAGAAAUAUUGGGGGUGUGGUGAUUUAGAGGAAAGGUGGGGUCAUAUUGAAGAGAGUGCCAGCCUCACUGCCCAGCUUCCGUGUUGGGCUGGGCUGCCCACAGAUCAAAGACAGGCUCAGAUCUUGCCAUGCUUCAAGCGCCAUUCUCUAUAUUUCUUAAAGAUACCACACGGAAGUUUUAUGUGAGUGCCUUUAUGUUUGGGGAGGAUGAGCUCGCAUUAAGGCACACCUACCACCCUGCAUUCUUGGGAUAAAGGGCAGAAUGCAAAUAAAUAAUUUUUAAAAACCUCGCGCUUUCAGAAACAACACGCAGACCAAAACACAGCAGCCGUCGUUUUAAAUUUUGCACUCCUCCAGAUUUCGCAGGGCAGUUUCCCCAGCCAAGUAACAAUCGCAGAAAUAGAUUGAUAUGCUCGUGUGACGUAGUGCGUGGGUACAUUGCUGAAAACAGCUUGGGGAAAAAGUGUGUCAUAUUAGGUGGAAAUCGUUCGGCAGAAAUAAGCACGUCGGACAAAAUUGCACAUGGAAUUGUGUGUAUUGGGAGAAUUUUGUAUUAAAAUGCUAAUGAAGUCUCAUUAGGACUUAAAAAAAAACUGAUUUGGAAAUCUGGAGAACUGAAUUUCAGAUUUGAUUCCUGUCACAGAUGUUAAUGUUCCUAUCUAUGUGUUUGCCACUUGUUUUUUUUAAAGGCAGCCUCCUUAAUCACACACCCAAAACUUUGUGUAAAGAUUGGGGGUCGGGGAGGAGCAACCAACAGACAUUGUCUGCAGCCAACAUCCGUACACACAUGGGCUGGUGUCCGGAGAAGAAAGGCGCACUUGGAUUUAAUGUGGCAAACACCUAUCUUCACCUUUGGGCCCCUGUUGCGUGUGCCUCCAGGGUUGCGGGUUCAAAUCCUUACCCCGCUCCUGCUGGGGGCUAUGAGCACGACACCCGAAAAUCCACGUUGUUUGUAUUUCAGAGCCUCUGGGAAGAUUUCGCCUCAGCUCCCACUGUACCUGUGAAAGCGGGGUGGAGGAACUGAAAGUGGAAGUUGAAGGUAAGAGCUAAGGAAUGGGGUCAGUGUCCUGGUUUUCCAGGGAUGGCUCUCCAUCCCUGUUUCGAACCCGGAACAUCCCUGUUUCCCCUGCCAGCGCUGCCAGUGAAAAAUGGGGGACAAAAAAUGGAGGGUCAGUUGUGGAGGGAAGUGAGAAUCGUAGAAUGGGCAGAGUUGGAAGGGACCCCAGGGGUCAUCCAGCCCAACCCCCUGAAAUGCAGGGAAAUAGGAAAUGUCCUUAUGUUGUAGGGUUUACAUCUAAUGCCUGUAGUGCCAGCUUUAUUGAUUGAUUUAAAUUCAUGGCCCGUCCUUCACCUUUGAAGGCGAUCCAUAGCUCCUAGCCCUGAUGGCUAUAAAUUGCUUCCACGGUUUGAGGCAGCAGUGUUUCUGAAUACCAGUCGUUGUGAAUCGCAGAAGGGGAGAGAUCUCCUGCGCUCGGAUCCUGUGGGCAUCCGUCCGGCCACUAUGAGAACAGGAGGCUGCUGGACGAGGUGGGAAACAAGGCCAGAUCUUUCAGGCUUUUCUCAUGCUCUCAGGCCCCGCCAAAGGCUGUCUUCGGUCCCUGUCUGGCAUCUCCCUCGUCACUUGCCUGUCAACAACUGGUAAGCGCAGGCUCGGCGGAUUCCGCCUUCAGGACGAGACUUGCCUCCUUCUGGGAAUCGGGCCUAGAGAACUUCCUCAUCCUCCUGACGCACAUACCUGCCAUACCUUCUGCCCAGGGUGGGGUUGUGGGGGGGGGGCGCCGUGCCAGUUCUGGCGACACUUUUGUCACAUGAUUCAGCUCGAUGGGAACCUCCUCUAGGGGGCAGCGUGAAGCACGAGCACCCGCAACACACACACACACAUACACCCCCCUUGCACACGCAAACUAGCACACACCCGCUGCGUUUCGUCAGCUAAAUAUAGGCUGCCGUGCUGACAGCAAACAGCUUCACCGUCGGAUCGCAGAAAGGGUGGUUCUGUCGUGCUUCUGGCGGCUGGCACGCUCCAGAAUUCCAGAACGCUUCCCUCCCUCAAUGCACUUUCCACUGCAACACUGUUGUUUCACACCUGCGCACCUGACUCACUUUACUUACAGCAAACAUAAGAGUUGGCCUUUUCCCCUCUCUCAGGGUGCCUCAUAUCCCUGCCGUGCCCAUGUUUUUUGGGCUGUGGGGACGCAUCUGGCUGUAGGGAGGCAAGCACAGGGGUAACUCUGGAGCAGGAGUCGGCAGCGUGUGGCCCAUGGGCCAGAUGCGGCCCACGAAGACCGUUUUACCGCCCCACGAGCUGCCCCUGAACUGAGCUGCCUGCUCAGCGAGUCCCCCCCGUGCUGCGCUAAACCAGUGGAGCACGGCACAGGGACUCACCGAAUUAUGCUGGAAAUCGAGUCUGCGCAUUCGCAGGUACCAGGAAUCUGCGCAGGCACGAUUUUCAGUGUCUGCGCAUGCGCAGACGCGAUUUCUGAUGUCGCGCUGUGCCGGUCCAGCCCACAGACGAUCUCCGCGGGAGUGAUCCGGCCCAUGGCCGGUAAGCCUUGCCGACCCCUGCUCUGGAGGGUAGGACUCGGACCAGUGGCUUCAUGUCACAAGAAGGGAGAUUCCAACUAAACAUCAGGAAAGAACUUUCUGACAGUAAGAGCUGUUCGGCAGGGGAACAGACUCCAUCGGGAAGUUGUGGACUCUCCUUAGAGGUUGGAUGGCCAUGUGUAAUGGAUGCUUUAGCUGAGAUUCCUUCAUUGCAGGGGGUUGGGCUAGAUGACCCCGGGGUCCCUUCCAACUCUAUGAUUCUAUGGCUCACACAGGGGUGCGGUGGGCAGCCUCUUUGGCAAAUGGCUGCUUUUUGGCCCCCAGGAGCCUCCAGCGCAGUUUAGGAACGACUGCCUUCCCACUUGUGGGCCGAUGGGAUAGGCAAACUUCCUGCUCCUCAGCAUUUAAUUCCCAUCACCUAUCCUAGCAUGGGCAGCAGAGUGGGAAGGAACGGAGAAGUCAGCGCAUCUGAAGGUCCUCGGAUGCCCUCUUCCUCCACAAUCGCACCCAUAACCCCACACAUUCCUGAUCCCAGUGGGCACCACAUAAGGUUGCUGGCAGAAAGAAACAAGCCAAGUCGGUCGGGCAGCACAGCCUUCGCCCAACCUGCAGCUGCCCUCCUGAUUUUUGUGCCCCCAUAUAUACCUAAUUCGAAAUAUAAACAACAAUAAAGCACAAAGUAAAAUUUCAUUUUCCAAGAUGAAACAAGUAACCUACAGUAAGAUGGAAAACAAUGUUUAUUUUUGUGGACUUCCACUUCCUUUAAAUUUGAAUUUCUCUCUCUCUGACUUUUUCUAAUGGCACAGUCAGAUCCUCAAAGCUAAUCUUGCGCAACACGUCUGCAUCUAUACUUAGUAGAGAGAAGGCACCCAGCUUGCUUUGUUGCAUAGUCAUCCUGUUGUGAUUUCUAAUUGACUUCCGUUGAGAAACCCAGCACGGCUGAGCAGCUUGUGGCCAUUAAUGUGGGGGAAAAAAUCUGGCCAUGGGAAAUUUCUGCGAUGCCCUGAGCACAUGCUUAUUUUGCUUAACGGUUCAUUGAGAGCUCUGCCCCCACCCAGACAAGGAAGAGGAAUGAUCAGGAGACCAAGAACGCUUCCCAAAAGGAGGGUUAGGGGAUGGGAACAGCGUCAGUGAGGGCUUUGGCCUAGGAAGAGUCUGGUGUGGUAAAUGGCAUUCCAGUCAGUGCCGCUGGAGGGUAUUUUCCCUGCCUGCCCAGUUCCCGUUCCCCAGCCACGCCGUCGGAAGCUGGUACUCGGGGAAACAUUUGAUCGAUGUGAUUUAUAAAGCGCCUUCACCCUUAUUAUUAUUUUAUUCAUGCGCUUCUAAAGGGUGGCACUGUCGGUUAAACCACAGAGCCUAGGACUUGCCGAUCAGAAGAUCGGUAGUUUGAAUCCCCGCGAUGGGGUGAGCUCCCGUUGCUCGGUCCCUGCUCCUGCCAACCUAGCAGUUCAAAAGCACGUCAAAGUGCAAGUAGAUAAAUAGGUACCACUCCGGCGGGAAGGUAAACAGCGUUUCCGUGCGCUGCUCUGGUUCGCCAGAAGCGGCUUAGUCAUGCUGGCCACAGGACCCGGAAGCUGUACGCCGGCUCCCUCGGCCGAUAAAGCGAGAUGAGCGCCGCAACCCCAGAGUCGGCCACAACUGGACCUAAUGGUCAGGGGUCCUUUACUAAAGGUGCCACCACAAGGUGUUUCACAUAUGGCACCAUCCAGAUGGUUUAAAACAAAAUAAAGCCCGUGCGACACGUCUAAUGAAUUCUUGUCUGUUUCCAGGCACCAAAUUAAGGAGGGGUGAUCAGCAAGGGAUCAGCCAGGCAAAACAGCAGCCCCCCUAUCUUCUGGUGAUGGCGAUGCCCCCCGAGCGGGCAGACCACCUGCAAAACCGCCGGCAAAAGCGAGCGGCAGGCAUGGAGUAUUGCAGCCAGUGAGUGGCUUCUGGGUUUUUUUGUGUGGGACUCUUUCGCUGUUGAGAGCCUCUUGGGUUAUAAAGUGGGGUGACAGCUCAGCUGGUAAAGCAUGAGAUUCUUAAUCUGAUGUUCAUGGGUUUGAGCCCCACGUUAGGCAAAAAGAUUCCUGCAUUGCAGGGGGUUGGACUAGAUGGCCGCUGAGGUCCCUUCUAACUCUACAGCUCUAUGCUUCCAUGAAUGAAUGGAUGAAUGCACUUCUAUGCAGCUCUUUAGCCAAAAAGACUUCUUACAAAAAUCAGCGUUAAGACAGUCCCCGCCCUAAGGCUUACAAUCUAAAAACACAUCCUCCUCGUCAUCAUUAUUUAUUAAAUUUAUCGGCCGCCCUUCAUCCUAAGUUUACAGGGUGGUUUAAAAUAUGAACAAAACAAAAAUGAAUACCAUGAUAACAAACAAAAGCAAUAUUUAUUAAAUUUAGAGACCGUCCUUCAUCCUAAGAUCACAGGGUGGUUUACAAUAUAAAAACACAAAAAUGAAUACCAUAAUAACAAACCAAAACAACAAUGCGUCCAUAGUUUAAAAGGCCAUGGGUAGUUUAAUUAGCCUGGGAGAAGAGGAAUGUUUUUGCCUGGCACCUAAAUAUAUGUAAGGUGCCAGGCGAGACUACCUGGAGAGAGAAUCCCACAAAUGGGGCCACCACAGAAAAGGCCCAUUCUCGUGUUGCCACGCUCCAGAUCGCUUGUGGAGGAGGAGGCACACGAAGAAGGGCCAUGGAGCAGGAUCAAUUUCCCACUGCACUCCUGGCUGGGUUUCAGGAUCUGUGGUUUUGCGGCAGCUAAACUGGUGACUGGGACUGGCCGCCGAAACCAUAUAACACCGGUCCUGAAAGACCUACAUUGGCUCCCAGUACGUUUCCAAGCACAAUUCAAAGUGUUGGUGCUGACCUUUAAAGCCCUAAACUAAGGAUACCAGAUUUUUUUCAAUGAAUCCAGGGACACUUUUCAACUUCAGUCGGAAUGAUAGUGGAAAUGAUAGGAGACUGAUUUAUAAAUCCGGGGACUGUCCCCUAGAAACGAGGACGUUUGGUAACCUUACUCCUAAACAGCCUUGGCCCAGUAUACCCAAAGAAAGGUCUCCACCCCCAUCGUUCUGCCCGGACACUUUGGUCCAGCUCCGAGGGCCUUCUGGCGGUUCCCUCCUUGCGAGAAGUGAGGCUACAGGGAACCAAGCAGAGGGCCUUCUUGGUAGUGGCACCCGCCCUGUGGAACACCCUCCCACCAGAUGUCAAGGAAAUAAACAACUAUCUGAUUUUUAGAAGACACCUGAAGGCAGUCCUGUUUAGGGAAGUUUUUAAUGUUUGAUGUUUUAUCGUGUUUUUUAAUAUUCUGUUGGAAUAUUAGAGUGGCUGGGGAAACCCAGCCAGAUGGGUGGGGUAUAAAUAAAUAAUAAUAAUAAUACAGUGGUACCUCGGGUUACAUACACUUCAGGUUACAUACGCUUCAGGUUACAGCCUCCGCUAACCCAGAAAUAUUACCUCAGGUUAAGAACUUUGCUUCAGGGAUGUGAGGGCGAUCUGGCUGCGACAUCUGUCACCCCAUUGAUCGCCAGGGUUGAUUCGGCUGAUCUGGCUGGCUAGGUGGGUGUCCCCUUCCUCCCUCACCGCUCCAUGUGCGUCCCUCCCGAAGCUGCGCGCUCGGUGGAAGAGGACGACCAUCCCAGAUAGAAGGAGUGUACCGUUCUUCGGUCAAGGGUAUACGAUAGCUGCGCUCCCCUGCUAGAACCUCCAAACAAGCUCAAGGUCCAUUUGUAGGAGAACGUAGGGUAGUCAAGCUUCCAAGACUCCAGACACAUCCAAGUAAGGCGCUGCAUGUGGCAGUUUGCCAGUCUUAAAAUAAAUAAAUAAAUAAAUAAAUAAAUAAAUAAAUAAAUAAAAAGAACUUUGCUUCAGGAACAGAAAUCGGGCUCCUGCGGCGCGGCAGCAGCGGGAGGCCCCAUUAGCUGAAGUGGUGCUUCAGGUUAAGAACAGUUUCAGGUUAAGAACGGACCUCCGGAACGAUUGAAGUACUUAACCUGAGGUACCACUGUAAUUAUUAUUAUUAUUCUCUCAACUCAUAUUGGGUUCUUCUGCUCCAGGUCACCAGAGGAGAAGAAAUGUUGCGUGAGGCCCUUGUACAUCGACUUCCGCAAGGACUUAAAGUGGCGAUGGAUCUCCCAACCCAAGGGCUACUAUGCCAACUUAUGCAUGGGUGCCUGCCCCUAUCUCUGGAGCAUGGACACUCAGUACAGCCAGGUGAGGACGUAAAAAGCUCCUCAGCCCCCCUCUCCCAAAAGGCUUCUGACUCUUGCAUCUCACCCCACUUCCUCACACACAACCCUCCUUUGGGGUUUGUUCUGAAGCAUUCCAAAAACUGCUUUAAAAAAAUCUCAAAAGCAGGAUACAAAAGGAAAGCAACAGAACGGUUUCAUAGAAACAGAUGCAAAGACAGAAUUCGGCAAUGAACUGUUCUUCUGGGUCAGAGAAAGCCUGGGGAAAAAAUAUAACUGUCUACAAGGCAUCUGGAAGCAACUGGUAGCCAAUUCUUUGAGGACGGCAGGUGGGAAGGGCAUUCGAUAGGCCGGGAGCAACAACAGAAAAUGCCACUGUCCUGUGAUGUGCUUUGCUGCAAUAAAAAUGACCAUAUUUUUUGCUCUAUAAUACUCACUUUUUCCCUCCUAAAAAGUAAGGGGAAAUGUGUGUGCAUCUUAUGGAGCGAAUGCAGGCUGCGCAGCUAUCCCAGAAGCCAGAACAGCAAGAGGGAUUGCUGCUUUCACUGCGCAGCGAUCCCUCUUGCUGUUCUGGCUUCUGAGAUUCAGAAUAUUUUUUUUCUUGCUUUCCUCCUCCAAAAACUAGGUGCGUCUUGUGGUCUGGUGCGUCUUAUAGAGCGAAAAAUACGGUACUCGUGCAGUGCCAUGAGUGAAACUUGGCAGCCAUUAUAAACGUGACCUCUGCUUUCCUGAAAACGUGGCCUCCCGCUCCCUAGGGUGAUCAAUCCGCCUUGUUACCUUUCCAGAGACGUAUUUUCUUAUUUUGUUUCGAUAGGUCCUGUCUCUGUACACCCAACACAACCCAUCUGCCUCAGCCACGCCCUGCUGCGUCCCAUACGAGCUCGAGCCAUUGGGGAUUGUGUACUACGUCGGCCGCCAAGCCAAGGUGGAGCAGCUUUCCAACAUGGUGGUCAAAUCCUGUCAAUGCAGCUGA